AGAGGCGUGGCUAAAUGACGUUUCUCUCAGAGCCGUGCGUAUGAUGCAUGCUGCUGAGGGGUACGUGGCAGUGACGUCGGCGAUCCGCCCUCCUUUCGGCUUGUUUGGCCGUUCCAUCCGGGGGCCGGUGUUCGGAACUGAGUCGCCGCGCGGCGCCUAGAGCCAGAUUCGGGUCCGCGAGGCCGGGAAGCUGCCUUACGCUCAGUCAGACCAUUGCGUCCUUCUAGCCCAUUAUUGCCUGCACGGACUGGCAGCAACCUGGAGAUGCCGGGGAAUGAACCAGGGAUCUCCUGUAGGCAAAGCAGCACCAGGUUAUGAGCCUCCAUGAAUACAAGGAGGCGCCACGGCUCUAGAAACACAGAGCAGGGCGUUUACCUGGGACCUUCCCAGACCCAAGUUCUGUCCCCGCUUGCUGCCACCCCUGGCGCAGCCCCGGUCGGGCCGCCUCCGCAGGACACCAUGUCGUGCCAGGAUCGCACCCAGGAGUUUCUCUCCGCCUGCAAGUCCUUGCAAAGCCGACAGAAUGGGCUUCAGCUAAACAGGCCAGUGCCAAGUGCCAUUCAGCAAAGAAGUGAAUUCACUGUCAUGGCCAAGCGCAUUGGGAAGGACCUCAGCAACACUUUUGCCAAGCUGGAGAAGUUAACAAUCUUGGCCAAGCGGAAAUCCCUGUUUGAUGACAAGGCGGUGGAGAUCGAAGAGCUGACUUACAUCAUCAAGCAGGACAUCAACAGCCUGAACAAACAGAUUGCACAGUUGCAGGAGUUUGUCAAGGCGAAAGGCAGCCAGAGCGGGAGGCACAUGCAAACUCACUCGAACACCGUGGUGGUGUCACUGCAGUCCAAGCUAGCCUCCAUGUCCAACGACUUCAAGUCUGUUCUGGAAGUGCGGACAGAGAACCUUAAACAACAGAAGACUCGGCGAGAACAGUUUUCCCAAGCCCCGAUGUCCUCCAUGCCCCUCUCUGCAAGCAGCCUCGGCGGUUCCGCUAUGCUUCAGGACGAACCUCGGCACUCGGGCGAUGUGGCUAUUGAUAUGGACAACCGGGCCAGCCAGCAGUUGCAGCUCAUCGAUGAACGGGAUUCGUACAUCCAGAGCCGAGCGACCACCAUGCAGAAUAUCGAGUCUACUAUUGUAGAGCUGGGCUCCAUAUUUCAGCAGCUGGCGCACAUGGUUAAGGAACAAGAGGAGACCAUCCAGAGAAUUGAUGCCAAUGUGGAAGAUGCUCAGCUUAACGUUGAUGGCGCGCACACGGAGAUCCUCAAGUAUUUCCAGUCCGUCACCUCCAACCGGUGGCUCAUGGUGAAAAUCUUCCUUAUCCUGAUUGUCUUCUUCAUCAUCUUUGUGGUGUUCCUGGCCUGAUGGCGGAGGCGGCUCAGGCGCCCAUCUCCUCCUCCUCCUCUCCUUCCUCAAGAGCCGCGUCAGAUGCUGGACUCUUCCGUUCUCUCUGUAGCCAGCCCCAGGGCAGUUGCUGCCGCCCGCCCUGUGCCUGGCCCCGAGGUAGCCCGUCCUCGCUCAUCUGUGACUGUUUGGGUAUUUUGCUGCGGCUCUUGUCGCAGGGUGGGGCCAUCCCGACUGGAGUGCAAUAGCAUUUGGACUACGCUGUGAAGGGCUCUGCCCCAACUCCCCCCACCCCACCUUCCCCAAAUGGGGCACGAUCCGGUUGGUGUGUCUCUGUGCACAUGUGUAACGGGACCAGGAUCUUGCGUAUCUUCACUUUCUCUGUUCUAUAUAUUUGCCGUAGCCUUUGGGACUAAAAAACAAACUCUCAUAGAACUCCUACUCCUCUCCUUUUAAAAAAUAUUAAUGAUACAUCGGUGUAAGGUGUCAACUUUCCAGCACAUGACAUCUGCUCCGUCUCCCUCUUGCUGUGCGUAUAAGAUCACAAGGGUGCCCCAGGCCUGGGCCUUUUGCUUGUUUUGGAGGGCUAGGGGACGAAGAGGGGUUUCUUUUCUCUCCCCACCCACACGCCAGCCCUUCAGUUUUGCAUAUUUAAGUUUCUCUCUCUUGCUGCUGUACACGUAGAAAGCUUCUCUAUGCCAGGAAGCUUGGUGGUUGCCUCCCUGAAGUGAGUCUGCCAUUCUUGAUAGAGAGGCUGAUGAAAGUGUGGCUCUUCCGCCUCAAAACUUCCCCUCUAUCUCCCUGUAGGACAGGUGUGGGGAACCGUUCACCCCCCAGGUGUGUACCACAACUCCCAUCAUCCCUAGUCAUUGGCUUGGGGGCUGAUGGGAGUUGUAGUUCACCAACAUCUGGAAAGCUAAAGGUGUCCAUUCUGCCUUUCUCACUGGGGCUGAAGUACACAGACAAGUAUAUUUUACCAUUGCUUUAAUCCUCCUGGUUCAUGGAAGUUAGCAGGGCUUGGGGCUGCUGUCUGGAUGCCUGGGUGGAGACAUCAAAGCACCUGUUAGUUGCCAGGCUCUGUAAUUGCACUCCAUCUACCCUGGCAAAACAGAUUUGUCCUCUACUGCAGGGCUGGGGAGCAUCUGUGGCCCUCUAGGUGUUGUUGAGCUGCAAUUCCCAUCAUCCUUGUCCAUUGGUCAUUCUAGCUAGGGCUGAUGGGAGUUGUAGUUCAGCAACAUGAGGACAGUAGGUUACCCAGCCCUGUUCUAGUGCCUCUUCAACUUCUUGAGCAGUUCAGGCUCCAUACUGUCUCUGUUCCCUCCUCUCCUCCCCCCAAAAGUGGGGAAAGUGUUCUUGCUACCCCAACCUACUAAUUUUUAUAAACUAAAUGAUAUCAAUAGAACUAUUAAGCUCUAAUGCAGGUGUGGGGAACCUUUGGCCCUCCAGAUAUUGCUAAACUACACCUCCCAUAAGCCCUGGCAACCAUGGCCAAUGCACAGGGCUGAUGGGAGUUGUAGUUCAGCAGCAACUGGAGGGCCAAAGGUUCCCCACAUCUGCUCUAAUCUCUUCCACCCCCCUUUCCUUUUUGUUAAUAGUCUAUGCUAAGGCCAUUUUACACACACCCCAGGCCUGGUUAUGGUGGCUGAGCAGAAACAUUCCCCCCCUUUGAGGUCACCCCACACCUGACACCACCUCCUUUUCUAGGUAGUGGGAUUUUGCUCCCCUAGUUACAGUCGCCUUAACAUCCCGCUGACAGUUACUCCUUCCCCUCCACAAGAAUGUGUAUGUGCGCGUGCACACUCUUUCAGGUGAAGGGGUGGGGAAGCUGCUUAACCUUCAUUUAACCGAUACGGGUGGUGAGUGGGUGGUGGUGGUGGAACCCCGUGACCUGGAAGAAAGAGUAGCACCGGUUCUUGCCUGUGCUUUGAAAGCUAUUAAAAAAAAAGCUUUACUUUAAAAAUGUA